AUGGCAGUCUCACCUACACACUGCCGUCCUGGUCUCGCCAUGACGGAUUCACAGCUUAUGGAGGCUAAAAUCCUAAUUCUCGACCUUCUUGGCUGGGGACUGAGUCCGGAGAAUCUCGUAGAGGCUGGAAUCUCAAAAUACUGCCUAGUACCCUGCCUGCGGGAGCUAAAAUUAAGGUUGCCAACGAACAUUGACCUCUCGGACGUGGUCCUUUAUGAUCCUCCAAUCCCAACGUUAGAAUCUCACAUGCCAUCAAAGGUCGAGUCCAACUUUUCCUCAAAUGGCACUUCACCGCGCGCACCGAAUUCCAGUGAACAGCCUGCCGUAACCGGUGACCCGGCG